AUGGAUAGAACUGUGACGCUUUACACUGUCAGACUUAUUUUAACCACUAACCCUAACCUUAUGUUGACAGGAUGCUGUUGCUGUUUCCUCCACUCCUGCUCUGCCUCUCAGAUCCUGCAGGGGGCACUAUCACCACCUUCAGCAAUAACAACAGCAGCAGCAGAGCUGCUCAGGGCUCUGCAGCACAGGUUGGACUUCUCCUGCUCCUCCUUUGUGGACCUGUCAGCUCACGACCAGGGGGAGGCGCUGUGUCUGACCACUGACAACUGUAGGGCCAUAAACUCUGUUCUGAAGCAGAGCCAGCACAGCACACAGCUGGUUCAGAACCCGACCCAGAACCAGUCCCGAAACCAGCCCCAGAUGCAGCUCAUCCUUAAAGACUGUGAGGUGGAGCACGGAGCACUGAGAGAGCUGCUUCCCAUCCUGCAUAUUGUCAAGCUGAGCCCCAGCAAAGCUCUGCUACUUCAGCUGGUGGACCAUGUGUGUGAGGGGAUUGAAGAGGGAGUGCUGAGACAUGCAGAGUCCCUGUGCAGAGCCCUGGAUGGGGAGCUGGACCUCAGUGAGACCAGGCUGGACGAGACGGCCUGUGGAUCUUUGGCCCUGGUUCUGGAACACUCAGAGGGGCUGUCAGAACUGGACCUCAGCCACUGCCAACUCACAGACUGCCAUCUACAGCCCCUGCUCACACACCUGCACAAAGUUGAAGUCCUUGACCUGAGUCACAAUGACAUCACUGAUGCUCUGACCGACAGAAUUCUCCAACUGGUCUCCACCAACACUUCAAUCCGCACCGUACGGCUCUUCAGCAACACAAUCAAGGACAGAGGUCCGUUCCUGACAGACAAGAGGUUUGAGAUCUGGUGAAGCAGCAUCAGGUCCAAGUCCAGACAGAGGAAGCGAAGAUGGAUGUUGAAGAGGUAGAGGAAGCGAAGAUGGAUGUUGAAGAUGGGUGUACUAGCAUGAAGCCUCAUCUCAUCAACCUUAACCUGGACACUAAACGUGACCUAAUUUUAACCAAUUCUUAAAUAUUGAAUGACAACCACAUCCCCUUAGUUUUUAGCUGACCUCAUCAUGGUGUCAGAAGAACUGCAAGUGGUGUCAUCAGAGAUUUUGGGACUUAGGUAUUGUAAAAAUAGUUGAGACUCCAGAACUCUGGAAUGUUCUGAGUGUAAUGGAUAGGAAUGUGUAGUUUUAUUUACCUCUUACAUGGUUCUGAAAAACACAGGAACAUGUGUAGUAUAACGUUUUUUGAGCUUUACUUAACUAGAUGAUUUUUGCGAUCUGACAAUUUGUGAAAUUCCUUCAGAAUGGAUUGUAUAUGUGCUUUUAUAGUCUAGUAUUGAGUAUUUUCAGGUUGAUGUGAAUGUGUUCUACAGUUGCAGUGGGAGACUUAAUGCAUGAGUGUUUUGUUUCAGGUCAACCUCAUGGUAUUGUUACUCAGCCAUGUUGAGAACCAAGCUUCCCUAUUCAGGAAGCAAGAGGUGUGUUGACUUCUCUUGAACGUUUGCUAUGUUGUGCAACGUUUUGUACUGAAUGACACGUUUCCCCAAAAUGUUCUUGAACAGACUUCGAGGUACGUUUGGUGGGUGUAGCGAGGUGUGGCUUGAAGCAAUGAGUGACAUAUUUUUAUUUGUAAAGGGCAGUGGCCAUGCUGACAGCAUUCUCAACCCACAACCCAACCCCUCUCCAUUUUUCAACUGGUCGUUCAGUACAGAACCGUUUACGUUCAGUUGAACCGUUUCAGAACGUAGAAACAUACUGAACGCAGCCCUGGUGAAGUUCAGGGCAGAAAGUAGCUACAAGUGGGUGGAAACCAUUGAUGCCUCGCAACACGUCAAACCAAUCAAUUGCCUUGCUUUGGUGGAGCACUAAAGGUAGCCACUAGUGCCAUAGGAGGAACAGUGUGUGAGGAUGCCCAGGAAAUCGCUGAUGUAUAACAUAGGCUGUAUGUACACACACCAUAGCAAAAUAUAUUUAGUAGAGCAGUUGUAAUGCCUUCAUCGACUUGUGAAGAACAUUACACGCAGCUUCCCUUUUAAGGGCAUGUGGGGGAGGUUUCUUGAAAUAUAACAUCCAAUCAAAAUGUAGCCGCUGGAACCCAGCAGACCAUUCUGUUUUGGCUCAUACAAAAUUCUCCAAUUCUCCAGCAUGACAACAAUGUGAUUGGCUACAUGAGACUAGUACAAUGAGACUAGUUGGUCG